AGGGGGAGGGGGAGGGGCUGGGGUAGGGGAAAGUGUGGAUUGACUGGGCCUCUGUGACCAAUGAGCUGGCGCGGCUAGAGUGACCGUGCGGUUGUUAAAGGGGGCGGUGGAAGAGAUGCUGCCAGUCCAGACAGAGAGGGGAGGGAGGGAGACUAGAGAAGGGGAGGAGGAGAAGAAAGGGGGUGGGGGAGGGGAAAGAAAAAGGAGAAAGCAAAAAAUAAAAAAUAAAAACUGGAGGCCAUAGCAACACCCCCGCUAUAAAGCUGGGGGAGGAGAAAAAGGGAGAGGUGGUGGUGGCAGCUGUAAAUAAACCCCAACGCCAGGAGAAAGGGGAAAAGAGAUUUCAGCUUUGGAUUCCCCACACUUGCUAGCUCCAGAGAGAAUACUCCAUCCUCAUGGGUUGCUGCUGUUGCUGCUGCUACCGCUGCCACCGCUGUUGCUGCUGCUGAUCCUCGGCUCCCUGCCUGGGCACAGAGGCAGACAGAAAAACGGGGGGGGGGGGGGCGGGGAGAGAGAGAAAGAGAAAGAGAGAGAGAGAGAGAGAGAGAGAGAGAGAGAGAGAGAGAGAGAGAGAGAGAGCACUUUUUAAAAUUGUUGUUAUUGUUUUUAAUCCUCCUCCCUCUCCCUUUCCCUCCUCCCUCUUUCCCCUCCCCCUUCCCUCCUCUCUCCUCCCACUGCCAUCUCCAUCACCGUCACCACAACCUCCUCCUCCUCCUCCUCCAACACAACUUAAAGAAAGACAGGAGCGUCUGAUUCCUUCAUCUGUGGGAAUUCGUUGCUGCUGCAAGUUUACUACGUGAGAUACAGCCAAUGCCAAGCACGAAAGAAGAAGAAGAGGGAUAAAAAAAACAAACCCCAAAUCCUGAAUCAUAACAAUAUCCAUAGCCGAGAAGAGAGGAGCGGGGAAAGGGAAAAGAAAAUCCCAAAGCCGGCAGCUAGAGGAGCAGGAAGGGGAAAGGAUUGCCCCGUCCUCCUCCAGGGCCACCCCACCCCCACCCCCAGUUCCCCACCAAGAUCAGGUGGAGAAGAGGAACUAGUAAAGGGGCCAGUGCGGCGGGUUGCGCAUCUUCUCCCAGUCAGCUUCUCUGCUUCUGUUGUGCAGUUUGGAUUUUCUUAAUUUGAUUUAAUUUUAAUGUUUAAUUUGGGGGGGGAGUGGUGAUUUCUGUGAUAGUGACACAGAUCUUAGUGGCGGUGUGUGUGUGCGCGCGCGUGUGCGUGUGCUAGGGGGUGUGGGGGGGCUGUGUGUGCAGGAAAAGGCACAGCGCUCGCCCCCCUGCAACCCCCCUCUCAUCUCCUCUCCCCCCUCCCUCCCUCCCUCCCUUUCCCUCCCCUGCCCGCCCGCCCCCGCCACAGCUCCUUUAAUACACUUUGGUUCUCCGCCUGGCUUUGGACUCUUCUUCUCUUCCUCCUCCUCCUCCUCUUCCUCCUCCUCCUCUCUCCGGCUUUGCUCCACAAACCAAGCAGCUCGAAACAGCAGCUCCGGGCUGCGGGAGCAGCGGUUGCAACGGCGCGGCGGCGGAGGUUAGUGUAGCGGAGCUCGAAGGAACCCGAGACUGCGGAGGCUGAAGCUGAAGCUGCCGCUGCCGCGGCUGCGGCUGCUGCAGCUUGUGAAGCCGCUACAGCCGAGAGCAGCCGGGAGCCGAGAGAAGAGGAGGAGCCGCCCGGGAGUUGCGCGAGCAGCCGGGGCAGACAUCAGCGCCUCCUCCGGGGGGAGCAGCCCGAAGCCGAGCAGGAGCGGCAGCAGGAUCGGAGCGGGCUGACCAUGCUGCUGGACGCGGGGCCGCAGUUCCCGGCCAUCGGAGUGGGGAGCUUCGCUCGGCAUCACCACCAUUCGGCGGCCGCAGCUGCGGCGGCUGCGGAGAUGCAGGACCGCGAGCUGAGCCUGGCGGCGGCGCAGAACGGCUUCGUGGACUCGGCCGCCGCGCACAUGGGCGCCUUCAAGCUCAACCCUGGGGCCCACGAUCUGUCCCCUGGCCAGAGCUCGGCUUUUACCUCGCAAGGGCCGGGGGGCUACCCAGGUUCGGCCGCCGCCGCCGCCGCCGCCGCAGCCCUGGGGCCCCACGCCGCCCAUGUAGGCUCUUAUUCAGGAGCACCCUUUAACUCCACCCGGGACUUUCUGUUCCGCAGCCGGGGUUUUGGAGAUUCAGCUCCGGCCGGUGGGCAGCAUGGGCUAUUCGGGCCAGGGGCGGGAAGCCUGCAUCACCCUCACACGGAUGCCCAAAGCCACCUUCUGUUCCCAGGAAUCCACGAGCAGCACGGCCCCCACGGCUCUCAGAAUGUGCUGAACGGGCAGAUGCGGCUGGGGCUGCCGGGAGAGGUGUUCGGUCGUUCAGACCAGUACCGCCAAGUGUCCAGCCCCCGGACUGACCCCUAUUCGGCCGCCCAGCUCCACAACCAAUACGGCCCAAUGAAUAUGAACAUGGGCAUGAACAUGGCAGCGGCCGCCGCCCACCACCACCAUCACCACCACCACCCAGGUGCCUUUUUCCGAUACAUGAGGCAGCAGUGCAUCAAACAGGAGCUCAUCUGCAAGUGGAUUGACCCCGAACAACUGAGCAAUCCCAAGAAGAGUUGCAACAAAACUUUCAGCACCAUGCACGAGCUAGUCACCCACGUCUCCGUGGAACAUGUCGGGGGCCCUGAACAGAGUAACCACAUCUGUUUCUGGGAGGAGUGUCCUCGAGAGGGCAAGCCCUUCAAGGCCAAAUACAAACUGGUCAACCACAUCCGUGUGCACACCGGAGAGAAGCCGUUUCCUUGCCCCUUUCCCGGCUGCGGGAAAGUUUUCGCUCGCUCGGAAAAUCUGAAGAUACACAAAAGGACCCACACAGGAGAGAAGCCGUUCCAGUGUGAAUUCGAAGGCUGUGACAGACGCUUUGCCAACAGCAGCGAUCGGAAGAAGCACAUGCACGUCCAUACUUCGGAUAAGCCCUAUCUUUGUAAGAUGUGUGACAAAUCUUACACCCAUCCCAGCUCCCUGAGGAAGCACAUGAAGGUCCAUGAAUCCUCCCCACAGGGCUCCGAAUCCUCCCCCGCCGCCAGCUCGGGCUACGAGUCCUCUACCCCACCCGGGCUAGUGUCCCCUAGCGCCGAGCCCCAGAGUUCCACUAAUCUGUCUCCGGCUGCUGCGGCGGCAGCAGCGGCAGCGGCGGCGGCGGCGGCAGCGGCCGCUGCGGUGUCCGCGGUGCACAGAAGCAGCGGGGCUGGAGGUGGUGGCGGCGGCGGCGGCAGCGGCGGUGGAGGUAGUGGGGGUGCCGGUGGUGCCGGUGGAGGGGGCGGUGGCAGCAGCACUGGCGGGGGCGGUGGGACCGGCGGAGGUCACAGUGGUCUCUCUUCCAACUUCAACGAAUGGUACGUCUAAAGGAGGGGCCAAUCUCCUUCUCUCAACCCCCCCUCCCCACAUACACACACACACACACACACACACACUCACACACACACACAACUACCAGGUUUCCCAGAGUCCAACCAGCCCUCAUCCUUCACCCUUCCGAAGAGAAGGGGAAGAGACCAGUUAGUGAUAGUGAAUGUUUCAAUUAUUUUUAUUCAUACCAGCAAAAGGAUUAAAAAAGUUAAAAAAACAAAAAAUGAUCCAAUCUUGAAGAGCAAAAACUUCCCUCCUCCCUAAGUCUUUGAAACUCAGAAACAGCAAAGGACACCCAACACAAGAACAAUGACAAAAAACCCAAUCCAUACUCUCUAUCUUCCCCUUCCUUGCUCUUCCUCCAUUCCCUCCUCCCAGUCUAGUUACUUGUCCUGACAAACUGUGUACAUAGUGGACUCCUCCUUCCUUCUCUGAGGUGGUAAUGAAGUUUUAAUGGAUUCUUGGUGUAUAGAAGUUUGUCCAUUUGUAAAAUGACGGUUGAGAUUCCUCCCUUCGACCCUUCCUUGCCCAAAGUGAUGGACUUUUCUUUUCUUUUUUUAUUUUUAGUUCCCUGGUUUAUUUUUAAGUAAUGUGGGGAAAAUGGUUUAUUUUGUAUUGUGAUAUUGAAUAUUGUGUUCCUUUUUAUGAGGCAACUUGAUUGUAAUCUUCAUGCAACUAUAGACUGGAAGAAAAAACCGUGCCAAAGUCUCCAUUCUGUUUUUUCAACACAAUUCUAUACAGCACACACACUCACACAAACACACACCACCACCAACGCUUGUGAAUGUAUUUUUCUGUUAGCUGGGUUUACAUGUGAUGUUUUAGUGCUUUUGCAAGUUCAAUUUGUUAGUUCCUGUACGGAAGAUUGUGGGGAAAAAUAAACGUUGUGCCGUUAGCUUUUUCCGUAAUAACACCCUUCCUUCUGUAAAUAUCCAUUACCAUAUUUAUCCAUUUGUAAUUAAAUUAUGGUAUUAACUUGCUACAGAGGAAACAAUAUUUAUAAAGAAUGUUUCUUAACUAUAAAUAUGUACAAUUGUGGGCAUAAACUGUUUCAGAAUUUUUAUUUGAAGGUUUAAGUGGUUUCAUCAUUUCUUGUGAUAUGUUUUAAGAGUAAUGCAUACAGAAAUAUAAUAAAAUGUGUUGAAACUGGA